CCGAUUUCUCAGCAUCCUUGAGGUUAGUUAAAUGUCAAAAUAUAGGAGGGGUGCAUCGAAGUAAAAAAAAACUGGCUAUAGACGAGUGAGUCCGACAGCCUUACAUAAAAUAGAAGAAGAAGAAGUAAAAAACGCAGGUUCAUGGUUAUAAAAUGGGAAGUGAACAAUCUUUAAUUAAAGAUUUGGAAAUAGAGGACAAAGCAACAGAAGUGUCUAAUUAUUGGUCAGUGUAUUCUGCUAAAUUGAAAACAGAUGCACAAACAUCUCUUAUCACAAUAUUUCAAGGUGAUUCUAAUCUGAACUCAAAUCAAUUGUUAUGGCAAAACAAAAAUCCCCUAGAAAAAGCUGCAAAGAAUUUGAUGUUGUUUAGGCAUCCAUCUAUACUAAAAUAUAUUCCCCAUAUAUCAGCAUGGGAGAAAAAAGGGCCGACUUCAUCAACUAAAUUUUUGGCUACUGAAAACUGCAAGCCACUUUCUCACCUCAUUAAAACCCAAAAUUCGCUUCAAAUAUGCCUCGGACUAAAGAACAUUCUAAAUUCUUUGGUAUUUUUGGUGGAGCAUGGAAAAAUGAGGCACCUAAAUGUAUGCUUUUCAUCAAUAUAUAUCACUAAUGAGGGUAUCUGGAAACUCUUUGGUUUCGAAUACCUUUGGUCAUCACAUGAAGUUAACAGUAAUCUCUUGGAAAUGUCCUUUUCAAAUAGAUACAGUAAUGCUGUAGACAAAAAUGAGUUGAUAAACAAUGGAAUUGGAAUUGAGCAAUAUGCCUUUGCAACAUUGUGCAAGGAAAUAUUUGAACUAAUGCCUAAAGAGGUGAAUGUGCCUCAUAGUGAUGAGUUUCAAAAAUACUGCACAAAACACCUUCAACACACAAAUCCAAUAUUACGUCCUGAAUUAUCAGCUGUUCUUUUGCAUCCUUAUUUUAAUCACGAUUUUGUUGCGAUACACUCAUUCCUUAGUGAAAUUCCACUAAAGGAUCCAACAGAAAAGCAACAGUUCUUCACUGAUCUUGUUGACAAAUUGAGAACUUUUGAUGAAAAUGAUGUGGCCAUACAUCUGGGUGAUUUUCUCCUAUCACGUCUUGUUUUGCUUGAUCCUACUGCCCAAAUCACCGUAACUCCUUUCGUCCUUGAUCCAAAAUGUGAUGACAUUGUGCCAGGAGUGUUCAGCACAAAAACAUUUAUCAAAUUUAUUAUUCCUAAAUUGAAGAAAGUCUUCUGUGUGCACGAUCUACAAAUUCGUCUAAUUCUGCUUGAGCAUUUCCACAAGUUUAUGUCGCUCUUUACAGAAGAAGAUUUGACUGGAUUAAUCCUGCCUCAACUGUUACUUGGCAUUAAAGACACCAAUGAUAUUUUGGUGUCAAUGACCCUUCGAUGUUUGGCAGAUUUAGUAGCCAUUUUGGGUGCAACUGUGGUGGUUGGAAGGAAUAGAAGUAGGCUAUUUGCAGAUGGACGACCUCAGCGUGUUCCUGAGGCAUCUAUACAUCAUUGGACAGAACCAAGGUCAAUAUCACCAGUUGUUGAAUCAGCUGGUCAAUAUUCAUCUCAUAAUAUGAUAAUUAGAGAUUAUAAUGACUUGAGCAGAUUGUCUUAUACCGAUGUCAGCAAUGAAAAUCUUUUAUCAGAGAGGCUUUCACCUGACGGUGGUGAGGCUGGUGACGAAAAAAAUAAAGAUGAUGAUCAGUGGAGUGAUUGGGAUGAAGAAAGUGCCAAGACUCCUGAUCUUACUGUAGAAAAUGAUUUGCAGAUACAUUCAACUAAAUCUGUGCUGGUUAAUGACGAUAUAGAGAAUUUAGAUUCAAUUAUGAAAGCAAAAGUAAAAUCAAACGAUGAUAAGGAAAUUGAUUUCUUCAAGGAUAUGGAACCAGUGAUUGCUAAAACACAAUUCUUGGUGAUUGAAGAAAAGAAGGAACAUGAAACUCAGCAGAUAAGUCGAUUGCAGGCUAAUUUAAAUGAGAACGUUACUGAGGAAGGUUGGGAUGAAAGUGAUUGGGAAUAAAAAUAUCUAAUAAUUCCGUAAUUUCCCUUUUAAUUGUUGAAAAUAAAGUAGGAGGAAAAUUGA